CACCCGACCAGUGAAAAUAUCUCCCCCGAGACGCCAGCUUCAAGAGUCCGGCAGAGUGUCAGACCCUGUCUUGGGGGUCCCCUUCCCAGCCGACGGAGGUGGGCAGCUCCAGCUCAUAUGGAAAAACCCUCGCGUUGACUGGAACACAGUCUUUGUGCAGCCCGAUGGACAGAUACGCCGUUUUGCUGGCAAUGAUCCUGGACAGAAGACUCAAGCUACGGCUGUAUGGAGUGACAUUGCACAAGAGGCAGCGGUGGCAGCUUUCGAAGACCGAGAUCUGCCAGCGAGAAAUCAAGCAAUUGUUGAGGUAUCGGGACGCCAGUUAUCGGGUCAAAAGCAAGGCCACCUGGUUCCAACAGAAGAUGCGGCCCGUCAUUCGUUCGACCAAACGGAUUGAUGAACAGAUUCGGCGGUUGCGCGGAAGUGAAAAAACCUUACACGGCACGGGGCUUCGUGAAGCCCUGAACUACUACAAUGUCGCCUACAAAGGAUUGAAACGAAGGCGCUGGGGGAUGCGGAAAACAUUCCAAGGUGUUGCCUUUGCAAGAUGGCGGCUGUUCAGAUUCGUCCACUCACAACGAGCCCUCAUGGACGCUGCCCUGUACUCAAUGGGCCGGAUUACGCACCAACGCUGGGCUUCAACACGAGCACUCGGCCACACUCACGGUAUCAAGCGGGGCGACGGAGAGUGGACGCGUUCGCUGAGACGGAAGGGAAGAUUGCGCGGCCUGCUCCAGUACCAGUUCAAUCGAAAGACGGGCGCAAAGCGAAACUUGCACCCUGAAGACCAACGAGCAAUCUCUCUCGCGCGUCAACCUGUGUUUGCCUUUGGCUCUGGCGAUUUCAGCAGGAAGCCAGGCUGGCGACGACCACAUCCUGCUGUCCCUGUCAAGGCUCUCGCAUACACUUCGCCGUUGCCGGUGCACCACCCUUAUCAUGAGCGAGCGGGGCAGCUCCAUCAACUGUCAUCCGGCAAUCCAAGGGUAUGAGUGGUUCAAGUGCAGUCACCAGAAGCGCUGGUACCGACGACACCAUGAACCGGGAACACAUGCGCUGCGCCACUACUGUACCUCGAAGAUGAAGACCAAUGGGUGCCACGAACGACGCCUCUACAGCUGCACUACCUGCCCCAUCUAUCGAGCUCCGACAGCACCCAUCAUCCUUGGGCGAGACAU